AUGAGUCUUGGAAAUCAAAAACAGCUUGUAUCUAGGAAAGGAGUUAGCUUUUGGGACAAUCUAAUCAAUUAUUACGAUAUCCUCUUGACUGUGAUCAUUUGUCUACUUUUAGUGAAGCAUAUUCCACUGAUCAAGCCAUACCUGAAACAAGUGCAAAAUCUCAACAACAAAGCCAUCAAUGAAGCACUUAACCAGCUCCUCAUCGAUGAGGAGGAUCAUGCUGGCUUGCGAGCAUCGAUCGAUUCACAUGAUAACUUCGAUAACAUUGCUUUGGCUCAACAGUUGGAGAAUCAUCCGCUUGUUGAGUUUCGACGAAUCUCCGCUUAUCUGUUCAAGGGUAACAACCGAUGGAAGCAAUCUAUCGAGUUGUGCAAGAAGGAUAAGCUUUAUAAGGAUGCCAUGGAAUAUGCCGCUGAGUCGAGAAGUAGUGAAUUGGCGGAGGAGCUGAUUGCAUUCUUCCUUGAGGAGCGCUUAUAUGAAUGCUUUGCUGCUGCCCUGUACCAUUGCUAUGAUCUUCUUCACCCCCAUGUUAUCCUCGAAUUGGCCUGGAAGAAUAAGAUCACCGACUAUGCUAUGCCCUACAUGGUCCAAGUGUUCCGAGACUUCCAGAUCCGCGUAAGUUAUUUUCGGUUGGCUCCCUUUGUGGUCACUACCCUAAUUCUUCAGUUGGAACGCCUUGAACGUGCCGAAGCCGAGAGGAAAGACGAGCAACGGGAACAACAACAACAGAAUGGAAUGACCAGUUAG